AGUCACGCACACACACUCCAGCCUUCUCCCUCUGAGUUACAACGGCAGGAUAAUGGAAAGCGAUUCAAAUUUUUGAGUGAUCAGCAAAAACUUCAAAAACAAAAACAAAAAAUCAAAGAGAGAAGAAUGGGGGAAAACGACAUCGAAGUGAUCGAGGUAUCAUCGGCUUCGUCGUGCGACGACAAGAAGAAGGUCAAGAAGGUUUUUGGGUCAAACUCAUCUUCACCGGGCAGCGAAAGUGGGACCCCAAUAGGACAUAUUCUCUGCCUCAAGAACUCCGACGAUGUUAAACGCUUCGAAGAAACCGAGGAUUGUUUCAUCCUAGACUUUGACCCUUUUCAACCCAUUGAUCUAUCCAAGCUCAUUGUCUCCGCCGCCGUUGACGACGGAUACGCUCCUGACCUCGCCAUCGUCGCCGAAACAGGCCAGGUGGCUUGUAGAGAUUACCCACAUUCAAGGCACCUUUGUGCGAAAUUCCCCUUUGAGGCAACAUCUCAUGAAAGCCAUUGUGAUAUGUGCUAUUGCUAUGUUUGCGAUACACCUGCCCCAUGCUUGUCUUGGACUGAGCCAAAACCAGCACAUUGCCAUGCUUCAGAGCACAAAGAAGAUUGGAAGUCCCAAAGGCAUAUGCAGAGAAAGCAACCUGUUUUUCACUCUUGAGUCAAAUUUAUGCUUAUAUAAUCUGAUUUUGUGGCUACUUUAAAUUGGUUUCUAGUUGUAUCUGCUUGUGGGUAAUUCUAGAAUCUUCUUUUUAGUUUUUGAGAGGCUGUUUUGGCAGAUGCAAUCUUUGGUCUUUGGAAGUCUGUAUAUUAUAUAUUAUAUCAUACUAUAUAUAGGAGUGUUAUCUUAGUUCGCUUGUAGAGGUGAGCUUCAGUGGACUAUUCCUAAUGUUGAAUUCAUGAACAGUGUUUUCUGAAUUCAUUAAUCCCCUACAAAAAAAUUGGGGAUAUUUAAA